AUGCCACGAGCCAUGGACGACAAGUCAGCAAGUCGUAUCGCCAAAGCUCGCGGCCCCAACGACGAAUUCGCGAAGCGAGCGCAAAAGUCUGCCCGGAACUACGAAGAUCGGGCCGGGAGCAGCUCGGAUGGUUCAUGGCGGAAGAAGGACUCGGGCAAGAAGAAGGAUGGCGGUAGCAAGUCGAAGUGA